GCUACCACGGCUACGUUUCUGUGCAGAAUUUGUCCGACUGCAUAUGGUCAUUUGCAGAGACUGUUCUGGAUCACUAUCAUUUUCCAAACGAGAAUAUGGCGCCGGCUCUGCGCAUCCAGAUGUACAAGCGGAUUUCCACGGUCAAGAACCUGACGUACUUUAGCCACAGGCUUUCUCAGGUGAUCGGCUGGCUGGAACGCAACACUCUAGACAGGUUUCUGGGCAGUGCAAUUCUCGACGCUUUCGACCGCCGGGAGCACGUGAAAGAAAGGCUGCUAAAUUACGACUACGACGCAGCGUUUCAAAUCAGCACGGACAUGGUGGCCACGUUCGACAAGCAGAUACAGAAUCUUGAUAUUGGAAAAAUGGAAAUAAUCGCGUGAGCUCAGCUUUUAACCAUGUUCUGUUGAUCUGCCGAUGCCAAAACGUAUAAAUAUCGAUGCGGGACAAUUCCUGUUCCUACCGGUAUGUUCUACGAGCUCAAGGAUUGGAGCUCGGUUGCGUCGACCGACCGAUCGCACCCGCUGAUUUUCGAGACUGACCGCAAACCGUGCUACAUCAUGGCCGAUGUGGGCCAUUCGCAGCAAGACGACAGGUUUUUAGAGGAUCUGUUAAAACUGUGCGACCUCACCGGCAUGCGCCAAAAACACUAUCAAGACAUAGUCAGAAAACAGGUAAGAGAAGAACUGCUGCUGAAAAGCAUCUUUCUGAGACUCGCCUCAAAAGUUCGCGGAGCUUCCUACGUGGACUCGCGAGUGGACAAAUACAUCCGAGCGAAAGGCAUCCUCACCCCUGGAAAGUAUCCAAUUGUCCAGAAACCGAUUUUGAAAAGGGUCGAGUGCAACGACCUGGGGCUCAAGUACAAUUUUGACAUGGAGGCGCUGGAGAUUGAAAAUCAAGAGAAACUUAAACUAGAGGCGAAGGAUGCAGACAUUUUGUACCUGGAAGCUCCAAACAAGGGCAAGCUUUACAUCAGGAAAGUGAAGCCUUUGUUGGACAUACAAUCUCCUUUUAUAAAGGAGGCCUGCAGCGCGCGCAUUCGGAGACGCACGCAGUAUUUUGACAGGAUUCUCGGGGAGAAACACCAGAGCUUUGACGAGUUUGAGGACCGGCUGCUGAAUCAACCGAUCCGUAACUACAUUAAGUGAUACCAAUGCUCACAGCUGCUGGACGACUUUCUGGUGCACGGGUGCAGAAUAUCAAAAAAAAAAACAUUUCAUGCCAACCUGAAAAUUAUAUAAUUUAAUGAAUAGUCAUGACU